CGCACAGUGCUGACGAGCCGUCCCCGGUGGAAACAGCUGGUGGUUUCUGUCACUUCUCUCCGGGCUGCGAGCGGCGUUAGCGGGGGAAAUCAAACUCAAGUUCCGCCUGGAGCUGACGCCUAGCCACUGACAAAAGCUUCCACUCGAGUCCGCGCUGCUGCUCCGCCGAACACCGGGAGCUGUCAUCCCCGUUAACACUUGUUAAUUAACGGCAAAUUAGCUCGAUAGCAGCGGUGACGCCGCCGCCGCCGCCGCCGGGACGCAGCUAACAGCAGCUAACAGCAGCUAGCUAACUUUAACUUAACGUAGCGAGUGCAGGGAAACUGUCAGCUGUUGGUUUCUCUGGCACUUGAGAGGAGAGGUGGUUUAUUUAUUCUUUUUUCUCCUCAGUGUCACCAUGACUCAUGUUCAUUACAAGUUCUCCUCCAAACUCAGCUACGACACGGCGGUGUUCGACGGGCCGCACAUCACGCUCAGGGACCUGAAGAAGCAGAUCAUGUGCCGGGAGAGGCUGAGGUCCGGGGACUGCGACCUGCAGAUCACCAACGCUCAGAGCAAGCAAGAGUACACCGACGAUGAGGGUCUCAUCCCCAAAGGUUGCUCUGUCAUUGUGCGGAGAAUCCCCAUCAGCGGAGGCAAGUCCAGCUCAGGCAGCAAGACCCACAACAUCGACCGUUCAGUCACCCAGCUUCAACACGCCUAUGAAGUCGUCAAAGCAAUGGACGCCCAGACUUCCUCCAGUACCUUGCACUUUUUCUCCAAGAUGACAAACCUGGCUGACGCAGAUGUGUCAGAGGAGGAUAAGAUCAAAGUUUUGCAAAAUCAGUCCGCCUACGAUUCCAUGAACUACAGCAAGAAGUUUGGUACAGUUCUUCCUGCAAACUACACUUGUUAUCGCUGUGGAAACACUGGACACCACAUCAGGAACUGUCCCACCAGUGGGCAAGAUAAAAAUUUCGAGGCCCCACUGAGAAUAAAGAAGAGCUCAGGCAUCCCCCGGUCCUUCAUGGUUGAGGUGGAUGAUCCCAGCGUAAAAGGAGCCAUGCUGACCAACUGCGGACGUUACGCCAUUCCUGCCAUAGACGCAGAGGCAUACGCCAUUGGGAAGAAGGAGAAGCCUCCAUUUUUUCCAGAGGAAAAACCGAAGUCAGAAGUCGUGGAGGAUCCUGUACCUGAUGAACUCCUCUGUCUGAUCUGUCAUGACCUGUUGAGUGAUGCUGUGGUUAUACCCUGCUGUGGAAACAGCUACUGUGACGACUGUAUUCGCACCACCCUGCUGGAUUCAGAGGAACAUGUCUGCCCCACUUGUAGCCAAUCAGAUGUCUCCCCUGAUACCCUGAUCGCCAAUAAAUUUCUCCGACAGGCUGUUAACAAUUUCAAGAAAGAGCGAGGCUUCAGCAAAAAUCCAUCAAUAAUAUGUGGCACCUCCCAAAAUCCCACCCCCACACCGAGCCCUGUCCCCACACCACCCCCUCCUCCUGUGCAGAGCCAGCCUCAGCUGCCUCAGCAGCCGACGUGCAGCCAGCAGGACUCUCCCCUGCACAGCCCAGAGGUUGAAGACACACCGCCACUUUCUGGAAAUCCUCCUGCUGCAACAGGCCCGACGUCUCCUUGCAACAAGCUUCCCACUUCCCUCCAGACUGAGCAAAGCUGCUUGGAGACACCUGACAAGGAGGCUGAAGGAGAGACACAGGACGACUCAGCUGCCGCUGCCGCCGCCGCGCCUCCUUCUGUCCUGGUGUCAGACAAAGAUCCUGCUGCUCCAUCACAGCUGAAAACAUUGGUUGAACACACAGCUGUGGCAGAGCUGCCUCAGACAGUCAGUGUGGAACAACAGCAGUCCCCAUUAGGUCCAGCAGCACCACCACCCUGCUGGGGCAGAUCCUUUCCCUCGUCAGGUUGUCCCACUGGAGGCUGGUCUGAAUCCCAGCAGCCUACGUCCUCCCCCUCCUCUGCAUAUACGGCGACUCCUCCACCACCUCUCUUUCCCUCCCCCCUUUUUCACACGUUCCUCUCGGCUCAUCAGUCUCACAGCAGUUACCCUCCUGGGUACCCUCCACCUACGACGCCCAUCUGGACACUCCCGUGCCCCCAGGGUGCCCCACUCCCUUCCCUCUGCUCCACUACCUCCUCUAUCCCCGCCCUCGUCCCCAAGGAGUGGUACAGGCAUCAGAGAGAGAAGGAAAGGUCGCCUCACAGAGGAUCCACCCACAGCCACUCCUCUUCUCGCUCUCAUUCAAAGUCGUCUAAGUCCAAAACUUCUCGCUCCUACUCUUCAAGCAAGUCCAGAUCCCGCUCACGAUCCCGAUCCCAAGGCAGAUCAAGACCUCGCUCACCUUACUCCCGACACAGAGAUCUCCACACCCGCUCUAACCCCUCGUACAGUUAUGGUUACAGACGCUCCCCUACACCGUCCUCGUCAUCUUCACCUCAUGUUGGUCACAAUCCCAGGUCCAAGUCACCGUCAGAGCACCGGAAAAACCGCCAGCACAGCCGCCACCACACCAAGAAGUCUGCUUCGAGCAGUUACGGUUCUGCGAGGCGAGGAGAACGCUCAGGUUGGGAAGCUGGUGGCUCCGGGGCGAGUUCGACCAGCUCCCACUACGCUCAUGAUUCAAAUCGAAGAAGCGGUCUGGAGCUGGAAACAGAGCGCUACCUACAGUGGAAGAAAGAGUACAAAGAGUGGUGUGAGAAAUAUUUCAGCAGCUACGUCGGCCCCUUCCACCAGCUGCCUCUUCCCUUCAUCAAUCUUCCUCCUCCUCCUCAGUGGGAAGGAAGCAAAUAUCACUCACAUGCCAACUUGGACCCUCGCUACAGAAACACUGCCAGGACGCACGGCCGCUCCCCUCCAUCACAGUCAUCCAGUGACAGCCGCUCCCCUCCGUCUCAUUCUUCAAGUGACAGCCACUCCACUGCAUCUCAGUCAUCUAGUGACAGUCGCUCCCCUCCGUCUCAUACAUCCAACAACAUCCGCUCACCUCCCUCUCAGUCGUCCAGCGAUAGUCGCUCCACGCCAUCCGAGGACAGGGCUGAGCUGAAGGCAUGUCAACAACAGAAGGUUGACCACCUGCCGAUCACUUUUACAAAGGGCAGUAAGGAGAUGGAACUGCAAGAUAUAAGUAAGGACGACAAGCAGGUGAUCAUUAGAGAUGUGGAGGGCCUCAGCCCCAUAAAGUAUAAGCAAAGGAAGACACAAAAACACAACGGAGGGAGAGAAGAGGAGUCAUCAUCCCCUGCAGCUGCAGAUUCAACAGAUGACAACAGAAAGGAUGAGAGGGGGCACGACACUGGACCGCAUGCCUGCAAAGAUGGCCCCUUAGUAAAGGAUGAAGCAACCUUUCAAUCUACUUUGAAGCCAGAUAAAUCUUUGGAUAAGGGUUUUGUAAGAAGCAGAGGAAAAGGGGAUUUAGAAGAAAAGAAAGAGCGGAGAAAAGGCAAAGAUUCGGACUCAAGGCAAGAUGUGGAGAGACGGCACAAAAUAAAGUCCAGCAAAGGGGCAGAUAGGGUGGAUUCAGACAGAUACAGAAACCCUGGAGGCAGAAAAGCUCCUGACUUAAGCUCAGAGAAGAACAGAAAAAGAAAAGGAGAGAGUCCAGAGAAAAAAGAAGCCUGCAAAGAUGAAUCCCCCAAUCUGUUUGACAAAAGGAAGCAAAACAUUGAGCAGAAAAAAGAGAGUAAGCCGUGGCCUCUGCGAGAGAAAGACAUCUGGGAGGGAAGAAUAACGGUAAAGCCUCAGAAGAAAAUAAGCAUCAACAUCAACUUGGAUGGGAAAAGGAAAGAGGAGAAAACUGAAAAACAGGAGAGCAUCAUAGGACAAUCCGAGGAUGAGAUGCAGAAGACGGGUGAUGUAGAGAACAAGUUAAACAGAGGAGACACUGAAGUUGAAGUCAAUGAAAAGAAAGAGCCGAGCAGAGAAAAGGAAGAAAAAAUCAAACCUGACGAAGGAGAGCCACGGCAGUUAUGGGAGAAAGACACCAUCAGAAAUGACAAGAGAGGGAUGUGGGUUACCAUCGCAGGAGAGGAAGAAAAUGUUAGAGAAAAGAAAGAUGAGGACAUUGAUUUGUGGCAUUGUGCCCCCAGAGGAGCCAAGGAGGAGAAGGAAGGUACAAAUCAGAUGGAGGAAAGAGAUGAGAGGAGGAGCAUGACUGGAAAAGAGGAGAAAGAAGAGAGAGUAAGGAAAGAAAGUCGAUGGCAAGAAGAGAUGGAAGAGUUUGUCCAAAAUUCUGAGAAGGAGAGGACAGAGGGAGAAGGCAGGUGCGAGGAAAACAGAGCAAACCUGCCUGAGGCUCCGAUGGAGGGAGUGAAGAUGAGGAAAGAAGAAGGAGGCGAGUUGAAGUUCAAAUCACAGAGGAGCAGCAACGACAGCCACCAUGACAGACCGAACUCCAACAUGAUGGAUGAGGACAGCAGUUGUGGGGACUGUCAGGAGAAGUUGACAAUGGUUAAAACUCUGGAGGAAUUCAUCCAGGACAGAGCUGUCGAGAUGGAGGAUCAGCUCGCACUCAUACAGGUCCCUGGCUCCAAAUGGAAGAAGGAAGAGUCUGGAGAGGAAGUGGAGAAUGAAGUGACACCAACCGACAGGGAGACAGAGGGACAGAAUGAACAGAAGAGGCAGAGGUCAGUGGACACAAAGAAAGACAGGGACAGAGAGAAAGGAAAGGACGAGGAGCAAGAGAGAAGCUUAGACAGGAGUCUGGCUCCCUCUGCUGGCAAAGACACGAGUGACGGCACCUGGUGUGCAGACAGAGAGAGGGAAAGAGGGAUGGAGAUGGAGCAGGGGAGGGAAAGAGAGAGAGGGAGGGAUAGACAGAAAGAGACCAAAAGAUCUAAAGAGAGGACAAGGGAGGAAGAAAGAGGGAGAGACAGAGGGAGAGAGAGGGGGCACAGCAGCUCUGCCUCAGUCCAACAGAAGAAUCUCCCUUCCUCCAGUCAUUUCUCCCAGCAUUCAAUGUCACAGGACAUGGAGAAGAGGGAGCGUCAGCAAGGAGGCGACCACAAGAAGAGCUCCGCCUCCUCACAUCCUGGUGGGAAACACUCCUGCAGUGGAAGCAGGGAAAGAAGAGCUGCGGAAAUGCCUGAUAAACAUGCACACAAAACUCAAAGGGACACGUCACUGGACCCAAAACGUAAAGACAAAAACUACCAAAGUCACAGAGAUUCAUCAGGGAGCAGACACCAAGACAGACCUGCAGGGACCCAUCAUUCCUCCGAGUUUCCCUCCGUCCUAUUCCCCUCGAAGUCCUCCAGCCCAAAGCCCAGUCAGCCCAGAAUGAGCAUCCCUGGUCUGAAGUUAAAGCAGGACAGAAGUAGAAAUGAGAUCAAGGAUGAGAAGGAAUGGACGAGGAACAAAAUGGAGAGAGAGGCCGAGGCAGAAAGAGGGACUCUGUGGAGCUACGAGGACGACAAAUUGUCCGCGGGGAUCAAGUGGGAAGAGCUGGAGGAGGGAGAGAGGCCCAGCAGCAGCUCAUCAGCGAGCCAGGACGGCAGCAAGGAUGACCGGAGGAAGAGGAAGAAGAAACGGAAGGAACAGAAAAUGGAGACGAGCCAAGCUGGCCCGGAGCCGCUGGAGGACUGGGAGCACAAGAAGAAGUUGAGGAGAAGCAAAGAUGGGAGGGAGGAGGAGGGUGGAGGAGAGGGGGAUGACAGGGAGACGACAAGCGGAGAGAGGAUGACGACCACGACGAGCGCUGCUCAGCUCUAUCGUCACGGAGGAAAAUGAAAUUAUCUUGAAUUAGGUUUUUCCUUUCUCUGUGCAAAAAGUGCCUGGUUUAAUUUUUUUUUUUUUUUUUAAGUUUAAAAUGCACCAACUAAGAUGAAAUGAAACCAUUUGUAAAGGAAAAGCACUUUAUAUCAAUUAUUAAAAAAAUGAAUGUGAAUGAAAGCAAAAGUUGAACCUUUGACCGCUUGAAUUAUUUUAAGUUGAAGGAAUUUUCACAGCUUUGCUCAGGACUUCCUGCAGCUAUGGUUCAUAUCUACUGAACCUGCAACGUUACAGGAAAAUCUUACUUUACUUGAAAAAGGUCAAUCAGUCAUUUGAUUUGCCUCACGCAGGAGCAUGGAAGUGCACUUAAAGAGGAUUAUUGAAAGAGUUUGUGAUGAAUUUCACGGAGAUACUGUGAAUAUUUAUGAUUUGAACAUCUGUGCUGUAUUUUGUUUUCCUUUUCAUUUUGUAAAUGUUUAAAAAUAACUGCUGGAUCAAAUCAUAAUUUACCAGAGGAGAGUUUAGUUUUUUCUGUUUUGAAGGAAAUAA